AUGUGCUUUCUUUUUGCUGGUGCAGGAUUUAAGGGACCUCCUGAUGACAAUGGCUGCAGCUCCAUGAAAGGGAGACGUCCUGCAUUGCAGAUUUUCUGCUGAAAGUUUGCAUUGUGCUUUUGCAGGGGCCUUGAUUUGGGGGUCUGGCUCGUGCGCGAGGCAUCUGAGGACAGCGGGCUUUCACGCACCGCUACACUGGAAUGAAAACGCAGCAGAAGCAGGCUGGUCCAAGUGUUCACAAUCGACUCAAAGCCAGAGAGCAGAGUUUGCAUGACCCCCACCCUCCCCCUCCGCGUGCAGCAGCAGCGGUGCGCCUCCAAAGUGCUGCUGCACCCCUGCUCCAUCUUCCCUGAGGUUUGGCCCCACCCACGUGUGAACGGCUUUUGUCACGACUGAAAAAAAAGUUCCUUUCAUAUCUUUUUUUCUCCCCUCCUCCCUCCCUCCCUCCUCAGCAUCAAGUGCAGGCUGAGCGGAGCGUCCCGCCUGAGACUUUCUCCGCCUCAGACUCCAUGAAGGAGCGAUGAGGAGCAGACAGCCUCCUAGCCGCUGACACCAGGACGCCUGUGAUGCUCUGCACAGCCGCGCGUCUUCCUCAGGGAUCAUAUUUGUGCGCUUUUUGGGGGAGAGCAAGCCAAACAGUGCGGAUUUGGAGUAAUCCAUCAAUCGGAUGCAGCAGAGUCAGAUCCAGCUUAAAGAUGGGCCCCAUAGCGCUGCGUGUCCUGCUCCCGAUGAUGCUGCUGGCUGUGCUGGCUGCAGCUGAGCAGGUGGGCGCGGCCGAUGACCAGUACACCUGGCCGCAGUGGAAGGUGCCACAGGUGAAGAAAAGGCGCACCGUGCCUCUCAGCAGCCCCAACUUCUCUGCCCACCAUCAGCCGGAGCUGAGCGGGACCUGCGGGAUCGAGUGUCAGCGCCGGAUCCCGUCGCCCUCCCUCGACGACUUGGAGAAGAUUCUGUCCUACGAGACGGUCUAUGAAAACGGCACGCGCACCUACACAGCGGUUUCAGUGCAGGACGUCAAUGAGGAGCCCAGCUGGUCCACGAACACCUCGACUCACUCUCGCCACAAACGGGAGGUGUACGGCACAGACACCCGCUUCACCAUCGCUGACAAACAGUUCUCCACCAAGUAUCCUUUUUCCACAUCCGUGAAGAUCUCCACAGGAUGCUCGGGAGUUCUGGUGUCCCCCAAACACGUGCUGACCGCUGCACACUGCAUCCAUGAUGGGAAGGAUUAUCUGGACGGGGUGCAGAAGCUGCGGGUUGGAGUUCUGAAGGAGAAGUCCAAACGAGGCAAAGGAGGGAAGGGAAGAGGAGGCAGAGCGAAGGGCAGAAGAAGGAAAGGAGAUAAAGCCAAAGAAGGUGGUCAGAAGAAUGAGGAGACUCAAGGAACAGGUGAGCGCAGAGGAAGAGGAGCUGGGAGGAAGAGCCGGAGUCGUCGCAGCGUGGACCCAGAAAAGCCCUCCUUUAGAUGGACCAGGGUGAAGAAGACCCAGGUUCCGAAGGGCUGGUUCAAGGGGGUGUCUGAUGGACUGGCUGCAGACUUUGACUACGCUGUUCUGGAGCUGAAGAAAGCCCCCAAAAUGAGGCACAUGGAUCUGGGUGUCAUCCCAUCAGUCAAGAAGCUCCCCGCCGGGAGGAUCCACUUCUCCGGCUUUGACGAUGACCGACCCGGGGAUUUGGUGUACCGGUUCUGCUCCGUGUCUGAGGAAUCCAGUGACUUGCUGUAUCAGUACUGCGACGCCAAACCCGGCUCCAGCGGCUCUGGAAUCUACAUCCGCCUCAAAGAGCCGGGCAAGAAGAAGUGGAAGCGGAAGGUCAUCGGGGUGUUCUCGGGUCACCAGUGGGUAGAUGUUGACGGAGACUUGGUGCAGCAGGAUUACAACGUGGCGGUGAGAAUAACGCCUCUAAAAUACGCUCAGAUCUGCUACUGGAUCCACGGGGACUCAAAAGAGUGUCAGGUGGUUUGAGACGACGCAGCCCCCACGGUUGAUCAGGAUCCCUCUGCCUCUCUGUGAGGCUGACUCCGCAUCGACACCAGCCGGAACUCUUCAGCUCAUCAAGAGAACCGCGGAUCUUCAGUUUCAAUAAUUUAUUUGAUAGAAAAUUUGAGGAAAAAACUUAUUUGGGAUCUGUUUUUUUUCUUUUUUUAAUAAAUGAAAUGACUGAAACGGCAUUAUCCAUAAUAAGAGAGAUGCAUGUUGCAGAAAAGAGGCACAAAUUUGUUACUGACAAAAAUAUCCAGGUCAAACUUUCAGCUUUAGUGGGUUAGAUACUAAGAAACUCUUUGUUACAUUUCAUACUGAACAUUUUGUCUUGUUUAGAGGUUUACUUUUGUGUGACUUGUGAGUCUCUCUCUGUAUUUUUUUUUGUUUUUUUUGUGCCAGAAUCCGAAUUCUUCUCUUACCCCUCUAAUUGUGAGGACAUUUGACGCUUUAGUGGUGUCCAAAAUUGUUUUUUAAGGGGAAGGCGUAGCAGCGUAGAUGACCAGUGACUAAUGAUGAUGUCAUCAAGCGGUAGUAACGUCUGAAUUUGAAGACACUAUUUUCCAUAUCUGUUUAGAGGGUUAAAAGUAGGAGUAAAGGAAAGCCAGAAGGGAAGAAUUUGGAUUCUGCUUUUGUUUUCGCACCACAGUGAAAUGUGGUUUCAUUGUUGUGCACAUAAUUAAUUAUAUGGGGGCUUAUCCGGGAGACUUGGUGCUAAUUUAUGGGACUGUUAGCUUUUAGGGGGAACUUUUCAGAAAAUAUUUUGACGACCUAGUACUGUAACUAUGUAUGUGGGGUGAGGCUUAAAAAAAGGGACAUUCAACUCGUUACUUGAGCUGUUUAUAUUUCUCUUGUUAAAUUAAAAUGGAAAAGCUGCAUUUUUAUUGUAUUGCAAGUUUUAAAUUGUAAAAUCUUUAACUUUUCUUACUCUUUUUAUUCCAAAAAACCUUUUGAGUACUGAAAACAAGCAAGUAUUAAACACAAUAUUAAAAUC